AGAUGGGCUUCACAGGCAUCGCUGUUGGUGCUGCUAUGGCAGGGUUGAGACCAGUGUGUGAAUUCAUGACAUUCAACUUCUCUAUGCAAGCAAUUGAUCAGGUUAUAAACUCCGCUGCCAAGACCUGUUACAUGUCUGCAGGAUCAAUUGCCGUUCCGGUUGUCUUCCGGGGCCCCAACGGGGCGUCAGCUGGAGUUGCCGCCCAGCACUCACAAUGCUUCGCAGCUUGGUACGGGCACUGCCCGGGGCUGAAAGUUGUUAGUCCUUGGAGCUCAGAAGAUGCCAAAGGUCUGCUGAAAGCAUCAAUCCGGGAUGAUAAUCCAGUUGUGAUGCUGGAAAAUGAGUUACUGUACGGUGUUCCCUUUGAAAUGUCUGAACAGGCUCAGUCAAAGGAUUUCGUUGUUCCAAUUGGAAAAGCUAAAAUAGAAAGAGAAGGAACUCAUGUUACAUUAGUGUCACACUCAAGACCUGUUGGACACUGUUUGGAAGCAGCUGCUGUACUUGCCAAAGAAGGUGUAGAGUGUGAGGUUAUAAAUCUGCGCACCAUUCGACCAAUGGAUAUUGAAGCAGUGGAAGCCAGCGUUAUAAAGACAAACCAUCUUGUAACUGUAGAAGGAGGUUGGCCGCAAUUUGGAGUAGGAGCUGAAAUCUGUGCCAGGAUCAUGGAAGGACCUGCCUUUAACUACUUGGAUGCUCCAGCUGUACGUGUUACUGGUGCAGAUGUUCCUAUGCCUUAUGCAAAAAUUUUAGAAGAUAACUGCAUACCUCAAGUGAAGGAUAUAAUAUUUGCAGUGAAGAAAACUUUGAAUAUCUAAGUUGUAAAUACAUGUUUUAAAGUCUUGCUUUACAAAGUAUUAAUGGUGUAGGGCAAAUUGUAUGCAUAACUUUUGUUGUAUAGCUACACGAACUUUUGUACAGUGGGUAAAGUAUCGUGACCUCCCAGAAUAUUUAUAUGGGGUUACCCUCUAAGCCACGCUUCAUAUAAGCAACAAUGUGGUAAUGCUUGUUUGUUCAACAGUACAGGUGGGUUAGUGCUACUGUAUGUGGAGAAAUCCUAUUCUAAAUUC